AUGGAGUAUAUCGAAAAUCAAGGGAUGGCUUUCGGAACAACAUUUGGUUCCGAGAUGUGGCACAAACUUGCGCUCAGUAUUUUCAGGAUUGUUGCAAUUACGCUGAUUUGUAUUUAUUGGGUCCGGCAGGCGAGAAAAGGCGCCCGAAUGGAAUUUCUGGUGGCCGUUGGUUUAAUACUGGCCGGAGCAACGGGAAACCUCAUCGAUUCGAUGUUCUACGACUUCGCGUUUGCCUUCGAUCCAUGUAUUCACUUUAAUUACCUCGAAGGUUCAGGUAUUGAGCAUGACUGCGGAUUGUGGGGUGUUCAGGAAGUUCGACAUACCGGUUUCCUGCUUGGAAACGUGGUAGAUAUGUUCAAGUUUGAUGUAAACUGGCCACAAUGGAUGCCAUGGGUUGGUGGAGAACAGGUGUUCCCUGCUAUCUGGAACCUGGCCGAUGCCUCCAUCACAGUUGGUGUGAUCAUGGUCUUUUUCCGUCAACGCAAAUACUUUCCAAAGAAAAAAGACGUUACCCCUGUAGUUUCUGAAGAAACGCAAGAAGUUCCG